AUGUUUGAUGGCUAUGCUAACCAAGUACAUCAGGAUCCCAAUCCUGCUCCACCUCAGCAGAAAGUGCUGAGAUUUGAUAAAGGUUAUGUGAAAACAUUACCAGGAAUACUUAAAAUUGUUCAAUUGUUAUGCAACUUUAUAGGCUUCAUAUGCAUUAAGAUUUCCUGGGCGUGGCUUUCGUCAAUAUUCUACAACAUUUUAUAUUGGCUGGGUAUCAUCAUCACUGGAUUUAUUUUCUGCAUGUAUACAUUCCACUUUGUUGAAAAGUAUGACCAGUUGCCAUGGCUUAAGUUGGAAUUUUUCUAUUGUGCGGCUAUGGUGCUGGCUUAUAUUGUGCUCUCUAUAUUUGCCACAACGGUCGGUGAAAACGGGUAUGCAGUUGGGUUUUUCGGUUUAUGUGCAAUCAUUGGAUAUGGCUAUGAUGGAUACCUAAAAUACAAAGCAUGGAAAAGAGGGCUGCCGCCGCAG